AUGUUGGAUAUAGAAUUUUGGAUUAAUAAUAGGGAGGAUAAAGCUUAUCCCAUUGAAGAAAAGAUUGAGAAUCUCAUAAGCCAAGAGAAGGCAACCUUGGAGGAAAGCAAAGAAAUGGAUUUUCAAAGAGAAAAAAAAAUUGCAUAUGAAAUCGGUAGAGCAGAAACCAGUAGGCAAAAUAUCGAAAACGAUCAAUAUGAAUAUGAUCAGGCUUAUUACGUUGGGAUGUUGUGGAGCCAAGAACUAAAUAAAAAAUAUUUAAAGAAGAUGAGAGGGCUCAAGCUCUUUGGUAUAGAAAUUGUUGGAAACAUCAACCUAGUGGCUCUCCUUUAGCUUUCAUUUAGACAAUUAAUUUAAGUAACAGAAGUUGCAUUUCUCAAACUCAUGAUAGGGAGUGUCCAAGGCAUCAUUCAUUCAGGAAUAUUUAGCUCAAAUUUAAUUCAAUUUCAUGACCAAAACUGAAUCUUAGCUUAAACUUCUCAAAAUUUAGCUCGUGGCCCUGAAUAUUUAUUUUGCCAUACCCUCCCUCAAGGGGACAAAGGAGCAUUCCUGGUACACUAUUACAGAGUAAGGAUCUCUUUGAACCUGCUUUCAGGUUUGCUCUAGCUCACCCUAUGCAUGAAAUGGCUGAACAAAUUCUCAAACUUAAAACUCUGAAGUAUGCUGUGUUUCAAUGUUUCUGAUUGGAUAAUUAUCAAUUCAACAGACUCAUUUCAGCUUUCAAACAUUUGGAGGCACUGUCUCUGCAAGAGUGUGAAAUAUCAUUGAAAGAUAAUAUAGAUUUUUAAAAAUCACUAGUAAAUUCCAAGUAUAAAAAGCUGGAAUUUGAUACAUGUGGGACUUGCUGGACUAAUGACUGGGGAAGAAACAAAGAUCAUUUCCAGAAGCUAAUAAAGGCAUUAGCUUCUUCACAAGACAUAAGAAAUAACCUCCAAGAGCUCUUGCUUAUGGAUUUUAGUAUAGAUAAUAUAGAUGCUCUAAAAACUCUGGAAGAGAAUGGUCUCGAACAUAUAAAGUUUUGAACUUAAUAGAAGGUCUUUCAA